UUGAGCAGCCAUUGUAGGGAAAUGACGCCAAUCACGGCAGAAAUAUUUGCAAGGCGAGUGGUACCCCUUGUAGCAGGGACGAGCUUUGGCGGUGUUUUUAGCAUUUUGGCAUCGUCUUGCAGCUAAAGGGAAUCAAGGAGAAUUAUUCGUUUUUAAAACAUGUAUGGUUUUGUCAAUCACGCCCUGGAACUUCUGGUACUCAGAAAUUAUGGCCCUGAAGUCUGGGAAGACAUCAAGAGGGAAGCUCAGUUGGAUGUGGAGGGCCAGUUUCUGGUCAGAAUCAUCUAUGAAGACGCCAAAACAUAUGACCUUGUGGCCGCUGCCAGUAAAGUACUAAAGAUUGAUGCUGGUGACAUCCUGCAGAUGUUUGGAAAGAUGUUCUUUGAAUUCUGCCAGGAAUCUGGCUAUGACACCAUUCUGCGUGUGUUAGGAUCCAAUGUCCGAGAGUUCCUACAAAACCUGGAUGCUCUACACGACCACCUGGGCACCAUUUACCCCGGCAUGAGGGCUCCGUCCUUCAGGUGCACGGAUGCGGAGAAGGGCAAUAACCUCAUCCUACACUACUACUCGGAGCGCGAGGGCCUGCAGGACAUUGUGAUUGGAAUUAUAAAAACCGUGGCCCAGCAGAUCCAUGGGACAGAAAUAGAAAUGAAGGUCAUCCAGCACAAGAGUGAGGAGUGCGAUCACAUCAAGUUUCUGAUCGAAGAGAAGGACUCUGAGGAGGAGGCAUUCUAUGAGGACCUGGAUGGCUUUGAGGAGAACGGGACUCAGGAGACCAGGAUCAGCCCCUACACCUUCUGCAAGGCCUUCCCUUUCCACCUCAUGUUUGACCGAGACCUGGUGCUCACGCAGUGUGGGAACGCCAUCUUCCGCGUGCUGCCUCAGCUCCAGCCUGGGGCCUGCAGUCUGCCGUCAGUGUUCUCUCUGGUUCGCCCCCACAUCGACUUCAGCUUCCACGGGAUCCUCUCUCACAUCAACACGGUCUUCGUGCUGCGGAGCAAGGAAGGCCUGUUGAACGUGGAGACGUCUGAGAGCGAGGAUGAGCUGACGGGGACUGAGAUCAGCUGUUUGAGGCUGAAGGGUCAGAUGAUCUACCUGCCAGAGGCGGAGAAUGUCCUCUUCCUGUGCUCUCCGAGCGUGAUGAACCUGGACGACCUGACCCGGAGGGGGCUGUACCUGAGCGACAUCCCGCUGCACGACGCCACGCGGGACCUGGUGCUGCUGGGAGAGCAAUUCCGCGAGGAGUACAAGCUGACGCAGGAGCUGGAGAUCCUCACCGACCGGCUGCAGCACACGCUUCGCGCCCUGGAGGACGAGAAGAAGAAGACCGACAGGUUGUUGUACUCUGUUCUGCCCCCGUCCGUCGCUAACGAGCUGCGGCAUAAGCGGCCGGUCCCGGCGAAACGCUACGACAACGUGACCAUCCUCUUCAGCGGGAUCGUGGGCUUCAACGCUUUCUGCAGCAAGCACGCCUCCGCGGAGGGCGCCAUCAAAAUCGUGAAUCUGCUGAACGACGUGUACACCAGGUUCGACAUCCUGACCGACUCCCGCAGGAAUCCUUAUGUUUACAAGGUGGAGACAGUUGGAGACAAGUACAUGACUGUCAGUGGCCUCCCAGAGCCCUGCACCCACCACGCCCAGUCCAUUUGCCACCUGGCUCUGGACAUGAUGGAGAUAGCUGGUCAGGUGAAGGUGGACGAGGAGCCGGUACAGAUAACCAUUGGGAUCCACACAGGAGAGGUGGUGACGGGGGUCAUAGGUCAGAGGAUGCCUCGUUACUGCCUGUUUGGAAACACGGUCAACCUGACAAGUCGGACGGAAACUACAGGAGAAAAGGGAAAGAUAAACGUCUCAGAGUAUACCUACAGGUGUUUGCAGUCAGCUGAGAAUGCGGACCCUCAGUUCCACCUGGAAUAUCGAGGACCUGUCGCCAUGAAGGGCAAAAAAGAGCCAAUGAAGGUGUGGUUUCUUUCAAGGAAAACCUCUGAAAGUGACGUGUGACUGGGAGCACCGCACCAGAGCAUAAACUGAACUGUGAAUGUUAUUUGAAAUUCACACUCAUUCAAGGUCACUCCAGAACUUACCGGUAGCAUUUGCUUUAUGGUAAAUAUGCAAUGAGACACAUACUAUUAGUAAAUGAUUGAUAUUGAAAUGAAAAGUAUCUCUUUAAUGGGUCAGAGACCACCUUUCAGAUUUCUUUACAGUACAAGAGCUAUGUGUGUUUGAAUUAGUCACCUAAAACACAUAAGAAAAUGUGUUACAUGUAUGGCAGCGUAAUCACAGUGUUAAAUAGACAGUUGUAUGUCUUGUCCCUUGUUGUGUAUAAAUCCAUAUUUAUGAAACAUAAGUUUUCACCUGAAAAAACGUUUAC